UGGAGAGAUACAUUUGGAAGGGCCGCAAUCAGAGGUGACUGCUGAAAAUAUUGGUCUUGCCAAUAGCAGCAAACCUAUCAAAAUUAAAACUAAAGGCAUUAGGAAGACUUUUCAGUGUAAACUGUGUUCGCACACCUUCCCUCAACGAUCUAGUUUGGACCGUCAUAUGAGAAGCCACACAAAUGAGCGACCACAUAAAUGUCAUCUAUGUGAAAAAGCUUUCCGAACCAUCACCCUCCUGCAAAACCAUAUCAAUACUCACACAGGCACCAGACCACACAAGUGUCCAGACUGUGCUAUGGCUUUUGUUACAAGUGGGGAAGUAGUGCGACAUAGACGUUACAAGCACACUCAUGAGAAGCCCUUCAAAUGUUCAGUCUGUGACUAUGCUAGUGUGGAGGUAAGUAAGCUGAAGCGACACAUCCGUUCUCACACUGGUGAGCGUCCUUUCCCAUGCACAUUUUGCAGUUAUGCUAGCAGGGAUACAUAUAAGCUGAAGAGGCACAUGAGAACUCACUCAGGUGAGAAGCCUUACAAGUGCCAUAUUUGCCUGGCUAAUUUCACACAGAGUGGUACAAUGAAGAUGCACAUCCGGCAGAAGCACACAGACAACGUGCCCAAGUACUACUGUCCUCACUGUAAUGCUAUCAUUGCAAGAAAGAGUGACUUGGGCGUCCAUUUACGAAAGCAGCAUUCCUAUACAAGCUCUGGCGUGAAGUGCCGUUACUGUGAGGCUACUUUCCAUGAACGCUACACACUUAUUCAGCAUCAAAAGACCCACCGGAAUGAGAAGCGCUUUAAGUGUGACCAGUGUGAUUAUGCAUGUAAACAGAAACGUCACAUGAUAAUGCAUAGGCGUAUCCACACUGGGGAGAAACCAUUCAGCUGCACCCAAUGCGAUAAAAGCUUCAGACAGAAGCAACUCCUGGAUUUGCAUUUCAAGAAGCAUCAUGAUCCCAGUUUCAUCCCAGAGGUGCAUGUUUGCUCCUGGUGUUGCAAGAGCUUUACUCGCAAGAACAUAAUGACGAAACAUGCUGAGAAAUGCAGGAGUCAGAGAGUGCAAGACAGAGAUGCAACAAUUACAGAAAAGAGAAUCAAGAAUAACAAGAUGACACUGGACUCCAGAAACGCCAAUGAACCAAAAGAAGAUGAACUUGAGUUAAAGGCUGCAAAGGUCACUGAAAUAACAAAUGGUGCUCACAUCGGGAAGAAUGCCCAAAGAAACGCAGUUAAAAAGAAGCAAAAUAUUAAAGGAAAGUCAGCUGAUGUAAACCCUGCCCCACAGGAGCUUGCAGAGAGUGGUUCCAACCACAUGGACGAUAGCAGGAAGCUGGCUACACUGCAUGAUCAAGCCAGGAAAGAGAUUACCCCUGAGAUGAUCCUAAAAGAAAUGGUCCUUUGA